GGUUUGUGCCAGUGCCACCAGUGGCGCAAAUGUAGUUGUCAACAUGGCGCUCAUCGAGAUUUUUUGAUGUUGUAAUUUGUUCGAUGAAGUUCAGCUGUGUGUAUUGUUACAAGUUUUAAUAAGAGAUAAUCAUUUAAACUGGUGACAAGCGGACAAAAAUAAGUGUAUGAAACUACUUCAUUUGUGCACAUUGAACGCGAAAAUCGUGUGACUAAGUCAUGUUAUCACCUAUAUCAUCCUUUUGAAGUUAGUGUAAUGUUAAAACAUGGUCCAUUGGAGUAGCAUUAGGCUUUGCCAAAGACAGAAAGCAAAUACACUAAAAACUGGAACAUAACAAGGAAAUGUUGAUAAGUGCUUCAAACAUGUGGAUGACUGAAUCAAUUUGAACUACUUUUUCUGGUCAUGUAAUCAAUUAAUCAUCAAUACUUGGAAGAUACAAAUUCAGUCAGGUUUCAUAAGGACAUCCACUGGCAGAAUGGGUAGUGCCUUGAGCAGCUUUUUUCAGUCAGGCAGUAAUCUGCUUCCUGGCAAUCACCGUGGCAUGUCUGAACAUUCAAAACAAAUAGUUCGGACUGUUUUUCAUGCACUUAGAGCCAAUCCCAGAGUUACUGUGCAGAGAUUAGAAGGACUCCUCUGUCAGAUUCCAAAGGGUGAGAAUAUUCUGUUGGCGCACAACGAAGAGGGAUACAAUUUGCUUCAAAAGUGUGUAGGGCUUAACAAUGUAGAUAUGGUGCGAUGGAUUUUAACCAGAAACAUAGAUAUAAAUCGCGGAGCUUGUUCUCUACCUCUUCAUAUAGCUUGCCUCAAAGGAUAUGAGGACAUUGUUGAAUUGCUUUUAAAGCACGGAGGACGCAUCGAUGUCGAAGCUCGAAUGUGCUGGCCUGGACCUCAUAAUCAAAACUGCGAAGAAAGAUUUAAAAAUUCUGUUCCAGAUGAAUCUUUGGCAGACCGGUCUAGCGACAAACUGCAGAGUGCUAUUUAUUACGGAAUUGAUGGCGAUCAGGUUGAAAUUCUUGAGCUAUUGACUCAACAAGGUGACGAUCAUUGGCUACCUUGGCAGCAAAAACGACCUCUACUACAUAUUGCCUGCGAACGUGGUGCUUGGAGUUGCGUCAAAUAUUUGGUUGCAGAACGACCGGAAGAAAUCAACCAAUGUUAUGAUGAAUACUACCCGUUGCAUCAGGCCGCCUUGCACGAUACGCGCUUCGUUGAGUUGCUAGUUGCUUGCGGGGCCCAAACGACUGUGCGAACAGCCACUCAGCAAAUGACGGUGCUGCAUGUCCUCUUCUUGCUGGGCAAGAAGUCGGCAGAAGAUACACUUCAAACAGCCAAACUGUUACUUGACCAUGGUCUAAGAGAGCUUAUUAAUGAAGCCGAUUCACUUGGCAAUACCCCACUGCAUGCCCUGAUAGUUCGAUACGCUUUGGAAGAGGCAAAGUAUGGUUAUGGUUACGGAUUUUCCGGUGGCUACGGAGAUCACCGUCAAGAGGAGCCCCAACCAUGGAAUAAGUGGGAUAUGCUACACAUAGUCAGAUAUUUAAUUCAUCAGGGAGCGGGACCUAGCAUCAAUCAGUCGGGAAACUCUGCUCUGGCUUGCGUUUUGAGACAUGUUCGUGAUUGGGAAUUUCGUUACGAACUUCUUGAUAUGCUGUUACAACAUGGUGGAAAUCCGAACGUGGUUGGGCGCGAUGGAUCUGUACCCUUAAUGGUCUGUUUAGUCCCACUGAUUAACAAGGACCCGCUUCAUCAUUUUACACAUACGAUGAAGGUUUUUUACCUAAAUUGUGUUCGACUUCUUUGUAAGCACGGUGCUCACACUAAUUGCUCGUCAAGAUCUAAUUUGACGCCGCUUCAUGUCCUGGUUUUUACUGCCUCAGAAAAUAUCGCUUUGAAUCGAGAGGAAGAAAAAGCCCAGGCAUUUGCGUUUAUACGCCAAUUAUUGGUAAUUUUACUGCAGCAUGGACUUGACCCCAACGUGAGAUUCUCUCAACGCACACAACAUAUUCUACUUUCGCUAAUGGAUAUGGUGAUGAACGCCCGUUCUCCGGCUGAUCUGGAUCACGUUUACGCUCUCACUUUAACGCUUCUUCAAUAUCGGGCUGAUCCUAAUGUGCACAUUGCUACAACAGAACCUAUGAUCUGCCAUUCGCAGUCGUCCGUUUUUCUCAAGAAGUCGUCUCACCAAGUUCUCUAUUAUUACGUUCAGGUUAUUUUACGUCGAGAAGAAUUGCUUCUAGAUCCGGAUCAGCGUUAUUCUCGCAUUAUCAUACUUUAUUAUAUGGCGAUGGAACAUCGGCCGCUGUACGCUUGCCUCAAACUUCUUUAUACGCAGGCUGGUCUAGUCCCCAUGCGGUCGGCUCUGUGCCGUCUUAUUCGUCAGCUUUACUCUCAUCCACGAACUCUGAAGCAGAUGUGCCGCGUAACCAUCUAUAACGCCACCGGGCGGUGUUCCGCACUCAGCGUCAACAAAUUGCCCCUUCCAGGACCCCUCAAAGAAUACCUUCUCAGUUUCGAUCCGUAAAUUUAGUUGACCAUCAAACUUUUAAUGGCACGAAGUGGUUCAGAGAAAUUUUUCGUUCGCGUUCAGAACAACUGUGUGCAAUUGUAUACGUGUAUGUUUGUGCGUGUAAAUUGAAUGCUAUUAUCUUUUACUUAACAAGAACUCACUUAUACAGAAAUUGAUAUGAUUAUGAUAUUGUAUGACAGUUUCCCGACGGAAUUUGAUAAGUUCUAUAAGUAAGUCUAUAUAUUAUAAUUAAGGUUUUUUUUUUGCUAUUUUUGUUUUUUGGUUUACUUUUUGUUGUAGGCAGGCUCGACAAUUGCCGCUGUUACUCAAUAGAUGUCUUCAAAUAUU